UACAAUGUUUCAGCUGGUAGAGAAUAGCAAGGGCAAAACCCCACCAUUAAUAAUCAUCACUGGACAAUCUCUGGGAGGUAGUAUAGCUACACUCUUCACCUUAUGGUUGCUAGAAGGCCUCAACUUGUCCAAAGCCAAACACCCCCUUUGCAUUACUUUCGGUUCUCCCCUUGUUGGCGAUGAACACCUUCAAAAAUGUGUGUUAGAAUUCUCAACUUGGAAAUAUUGCUUCUUGCAUAUAGUCUCCAACCAAGAUCAUACUCCUAAAAUCUUUAUGUCCCAAAAUACAACUGGUGCUUAUAAGCCAUUUGGGACAUUCUUAUUAUGCUCGACUUCUGGUUGUGCUUGCUCUGAGGACCCGGAUUUCGUUUUGGAACAAUUUGCGACAACCAAUUCUCACAGUGCUCAAACUCAAGAUCCUAAUUUGGGGUUCCCCUAUGGACAAAUUUUGGAGGAUCUCAAGCACAAGGCAUUAUGUAAUGUUUUCAAGUCCAUUGAAGGGGAAAGAGAUCCACUUGAAGCUAGCAUAAUCACACAACUCCUAGCAAUUGGAGCAGUCUCACCGCAGUCCUGUAUGGAUAUCGACAAUCUGGUUGGGAAGAUGAAAGCACAUGAAACAAAGUUAUUAAUUCAGAAGAAGAAGAAUUCGGAUUCUGACAACAAAUUGAAUGAUGUUAAAAUUCACAUGGCCUACUUGGAGUGGUACAAGAAGGAGUCCAAAGAUAAAGGUUAUGGAUACUAUGACAUGUACAGAAAGAAGGAGAAGCCAGCUGACGUUAAGGUUAACGAGUAUAAGAAGAAACUCAUGAAUUACUGGGAGGACUCUGUCACAGAAAUAAAGAACAAGCCUCAGUUAGACAGAGCUUACUUGCAGCUUCGUUGGCUUUAUGGAGACACAACCUACCGGAGGAUGGUUGAACCACUUCACAUUGCAGGCUACUAUAAGGAUGGUGGGGACAAUUACCAUACCGAGGAUGGGAAAAGCCCUAAACAUUUUACUCUGUUGGAGAAAUUGCAUCAGGAGAAGCAGGAGCAAGAAGAGAAGAAGAAGCAGGAAACACAGAAACAAGAAGAAACACCAGAAUCUGGCCCAAGCAAAUCCAAAAGAAAGAACGUGGUGAGUUCUAUUUUGAAUGAUGAUUCUUGCUUUUGGGCACGUGUUGAGGAAGCUCUCAUCAUGUUGAAGAAUGGAGGACUAACUACUGAUGACAAAGGGAAGUUGAAAGAGUUUGAGGACUAUGUGUGGAUUGCUCUCAAGAAUUAUGCAGUGUCACCUGAGAUUUUCUUGAAGAACAACAGUUUUAUGAAAUGGUGGAAUGAGUAUAAAGGAAUUGUUGAAAGCUCCUCAUCGCUCUCGCACUUCAUGAAAAAUGGCGGUCCCAAAGAGUACGAGGAAGGGAAGUUUACCUAGUUUGUGAUCCAAGUAUCCAACAAAUAAGGUUUAUGUCAUUGAAAAUUGUGUGUAAUUUGGUGUGUUUUGUCCUUCUGUUGUUGUAUUUCUCUCUGUGUUCAGUUUCUAGUCUUUGGAAUUGGUGGUUCAAUAAAUUUGUUGUAAAAGAUCCAGUCAAUUCCUGAUUUCCUGACCCUAGCUUGUGGGAAAAGAUUGGUUUCUUGCUGUGUAUUGCUUUGUGUGGUAUGGGUAGCUCCCGAGAAGUAUUAUUAUAAACAGCACCAUCAACAACACCUUGAUUAAUCUGCUAGUCACCACCAACAUUAUGAAUGUCCACAUGCUGGAGACCUUUGGGAGGC